AGAGAGAGGAUUCAGAUGCCAGAGGAAGGGCCAGCGUACACCCGCCACAACUGAAAGCACAAGGAUCGUGUGCGUGUGUAGUGCAUGCUUGCAUUCGGAGUAACGGCGAUGUUGGAGCACUCGUCUGAGCUGGGCUUUGUGCCGAGUGUGUGUGUGGACAGCAUGCGAUACUCAUCUACCGCGAACAGCGCUGUCUCCAUGAGGAGCACAGAAGAACUGCUGCUGAGUAACGGUACAGCUGGGAAGAUGAACGGCGCCCUGGAACACUCGGACCAGCCUGAUCCGGACGCCAUUAAGAUGUUUGUGGGUCAGAUCCCUCGCUCCUGGUCCGAGAAAGAGUUAAAGGAGCUGUUUGAGCCGUAUGGAGCCGUCUACCAGAUCAACAUACUGCGAGAUCGCAGUCAGAACCCACCACAGAGCAAAGGGUGCUGUUUUGUCACAUUCUACACACGGAAAGCUGCCCUGGAGGCCCAGAAUGCACUGCACAACAUAAAGACCUUAACUGGGAUGCACCAUCCCAUACAGAUGAAGCCCGCAGACAGUGAGAAAUCAAAUGCGGUGGAGGACAGAAAGCUGUUCAUCGGCAUGGUGUCGAAGAAAUGCAAUGAGAACGACAUCCGGGUCAUGUUCUCUCCCUUCGGACAGAUCGAGGAGUGCCGCAUCUUGAGGGGACCAGACGGACUCAGCCGAGGAUGUGCGUUUGUCACGUUUUCUACCAGGGCUAUGGCACAGAAUGCAAUCAAAGGCAUGCAUCAGUCUCAAACCAUGGAGGGCUGCUCCUCCCCCAUGGUGGUGAAGUUUGCCGACACGCAGAAGGAUAAGGAACAGCGGCGGCUGCAGCAGCAGUUGGCGCAGCAGAUGCAGCAGUUGAACAGCGCGUCUGCCUGGGGCAGCCUGACCGGCCUGACCGGCCUCAACCCACAGUAUCUGGCAGUAAGAGGACACACCACGCCCACCAGCAGCACAGCCAGCGCAGCCGCCGCAUUGCUCCAACAAGCGACCUCCUCCAGUAACCUAGGAGCGUUCAGUGGUAUUCAACAAAUGGCAGGUAUGAAUGCUCUGCAGUUGCAGAAUCUGGCCACUCUAGCAGCAGCAGCGGCUGCAGCGCAGAGUUCGGCCAGCCCGUCCACUGCUAACGCCCUGACCUCCAGCACAGGGUCCCUGGGAGCCCUGGCCAGCCCAGCAGGUUCCACGGCUAACUCCGUGGGUGCAAUGGGUUCCCUGGGUUCUCUGGGAACACUGCAGGGUCUGGCCGGGGCCACCGUGGGCCUCAAUAACAUAAAUGCACUAGCAGGUAGCGUCAACAUUGCUCACAUGCUCUCAGGUAUGGCAGCUCUGAACGGCGGGCUGGGCAGCACGGGUCUGAGUAACGGGUCGGCCGGGCCCAUGGACGCUCUCACACAGGCCUACUCAGGGAUCCAACAGUACGCGGCUGCCGCCCUGCCCACCCUCUACAGCCAGUCCCUACUGCAGCAACAGAGCGCUGCGGGCAGCCAGAAAGAGGGACCUGAAGGAGCCAACCUGUUCAUCUACCACCUGCCACAGGAGUUUGGGGACCAGGACAUCCUACAGAUGUUCAUGCCUUUCGGAAACGUGGUGUCUGCCAAAGUCUUUAUCGACAAACAGACCAAUCUGAGCAAGUGCUUUGGUUUCGUCAGUUAUGACAAUCCUGUGUCAGCGCAGGCCGCCAUUCAGGCAAUGAACGGGUUUCAGAUCGGCAUGAAGCGUCUCAAAGUCCAGCUCAAGCGCUCGAAGAACGACAGCAAACCGUACUGAUCUUAGCACUAGGGCCUCUCUCAUGUUACACUGCUAGGCUAUUAUUGGUAUUUUUUAUUUUUUAUUUUGGGUCAUGUGUAAACUAUUAGAUUUUUUUUUUUAAGUAAAUAUUUAUACAGUGGCUAUUUCAUUCUAUGAUGAUAACAACAGCAGAAAGGAACGAUGUAUAAAGUAUUAUUUGUUUCUCUUUGUGAACCUGAGGCUUGUAAAGACAAGUAGAGAAGGUUCCGAUAUGAUUAAAAGCACCAAUAUGCACAUUAACCUUUGCCCUUUGGCCUCUGGUGUCGGUUCAGGGCUUUGCUGCUCCUUCGAACCCUUGGCCCACUGGCACUAGAGAGGAAAGGGUUAAACCCGCUGUGGCCUCUCUGUAGUCAACGGCAACAACUGCCUAAACAGCUUCCUCAACAAAUACUUGCCGUCAAAUGUUCAGUGAUUUUUUUUUUAUUAUUCAUUUUUUUGUCAGUUUUUAGUUGUUGUUUUUUUUGUCUUUUUAUUUGGAAGAAAAAAAAUUAGUCCGACUUUUAUGCGUCAGAUGAUUGUGGUCUUUGUCCAACUGAAUUUGUGUAGAGCAUUACAAAAGAUUUUGAUCUGUCGAUGGUUAAAAAGAAUAAAUCAUUCUAGGUUCUAUGUGGAGGGGUGGGGAACUGAAAACUUGACGUUUAUCGAAAGAAAAAAAACCUUAAAUUGCAGAAAGCCACAGGCCUGUAAAUUUUAUUUGUAAAAAAAUGCAGUUCUAUUUUUAUACAAAAUUUCUACUGCCUCUGAAGUAAAGGACUUUAUUUAUUAUCUUUUAAGUUAUUGGGUUUGGAAAGUCGUGCUCUCUCUAUCCUGAGCCUCGUCCGCUAGUCUUCUUAAACCACACAAACCACACGCGUGAGGAGAUCACGUACAAAACCCCUCGUUUUCUUUCUUUCUUCCUUUCUUUCUUUCUCUCACCAUUUCCCACAAUCCCAUCUGUCACGUCCCCAUCAUAUCUCUGUCUCGACUCUCUCUUCCUCUUCUCUCUUUGGUCAUAAGUAGUGGCACUUCAUAAGUGAAAUCUCUCUUUUUCGUUUCGUUUCAUUUCGUUUCGUACUGUUUGGUUUUUGUUCGUA